AUGUUCUACUCUGUACGUAAAUGGUCCAAAACAGUAGUUUUCGAAACAAAGAGUGACCUCAAAGUUUUGACCCAUUUCGAUGUCCCCCUAAAAGUGUUUCUGAACCCUGGAAAGUAUAGUUGGUUUGAAACUAAAUAUAUAUUUAAAAUCCGGUUCAUUGGUGAAAUUUGGUUUGAUUUUGUUGACCAGCUGACACCAUGCUUUCUCACUGACGAGUUUUUCUUAAAAUAUUACCCAAGACUACAAGUAAUUGAGUUUCGAAGCCACAUAUUUGCUCAUUUUUUGGAAAGUUCACUACGUGAUGGGAAAAUGCGGUUUUCCCCGUAUUUCUUUUUUUGGAGAAAUAUGGUCUUUGUUCAUCCUUCAAAGACAAAAUACGACAGUGCUAAGGUGUUUUUGAAUUUAAAAUACAUUAGUCGGCUUCACCUUGAACUGAUUUCAUCUAAUGAUUUGCUAAAUAAAUUAGAGCAAUUACCUAAUUUAGAAUACCUUAAAAUCGAUGUUCCGUUUCAACACACAAACAAUACUAUGGGAAGAUACUUUACAGUAUUAACCCAAAAGUUUCCAGAUACAAUCAAGAUUUUUAUACUUCGAUUUCUUCCCAUUUCGGAAGUUAAUUCUUAUGGCUGCCAAAACCUAAAACAUUUUGGUUCUACAUCCACCAGGUUAGUAAUUCCGGAUGUGACUGGCAUUGAAUAUCAACUGGUCCAAUUUAAUCCACCUUUUGUGUUUGAUUAUUUUUCUUUCCCCAAGGUUUCAUACUUUAAUCUUCAAGCAAAGUUUUACCACUUUAUGAAAAUUGAACCUACCAUUUCUAUUGAUAUAACUACCCUGGAACUAUCUUCUUACGAGCCUUUCCACAGCGUGAGACUUAUGAAAUUAUUAUCUGAUACUCUUGGAAAGCUUAAGCACUUGCGGCGCAUAGACUUGGAUUACUGGGCAUGUUCUGUAGAUCAAAUUUGUGGAUCUGCAGUUGUACACUCGGUUCUCAAUAUCUUUAUAAAUUAUAAUGGAGAGAAUAUGAAAAAAAUGUUAAAGAAGGGAGUUAAAGCGAUUGAGAGAAUGCUUUCUUCUGGCCACUUAAGGAUUUAUAACACUGAAAGUAUUUUCAACGCUCGCUAUGAACUAGCAGAAACAAUUUUACAAAUUGCUUUUAAUCCAUCCGAAGACCUGGCUUUCCCUAAUUCUGGUAGCAAAUUUCAUAAACUAUUUCAAUGGGUUUGGGUGAAUGAAAACAUUUUUAAGACAAUUCAAUCAUUAAAGCAACUGGAAUAUUUCCGCUUGAAUUCUAAAAACAAUAAUUUAAUGCCAUUUUCUCCGCACUUUUUAGAAAUUAUUAACGAAAAUGAAAAUAUCAAGCAGGUUUUUGUUAAUUUUGGCCUUGAAGAUGGGAAUGGAAAUGGGAAUGGGAAUGAUAAUCGUUCUUCAUAUUCGGGCAUAAACGUGUAUUAUGAUUUGAAAAAAAACAAUGUUUAUCCAAGCACUUUUUGCAAUGUCUACCGUGAACUGCUUGAGCUACCAUUUGCAUACUGCAUCGGACUUAAUAAACAGUUUCAGAAUGAUAAAACGAACCUAGAAUGUGUUUUUGAUUUGGAAAAAAUGCGGUUCUUUGCUCCAGAGACAAAGCAGUUGGCUAAUGACUGGAUGGAUAAUUGGAUUAUGGAAUUUAAAGAGAAAAGUGGACCUGAGUUUGACGGAUGGAUUUGA